AUGAGAUCUUUACAGAUCCCGAGAUCAGGUGCUUUCUCUGAUGUGAGAGAAAUUCAGGAGACAUAUGGGCCUAUUGAGGAGAUGAUCCCUCCGGCUCGCGAGGAUCAGCGUUUUGUUGAGCGAUUUAUCCCUUGUCACCAGACUCGGUUCUCGCGCGAGGUGGUUACGUUGAUGGCGAGGUGCAUAGACGCCUUUCGGAGCCAGCUAGUGCGGAUGAGGAACGUGGCUUCCUGUCGUCGCGAUCACACUGUUCGGGAGGGACACCCUAUUCCUUCCCGUACUUGGACGAGACCUGAGGUUCUGAGAGACUCGGCUAGGUCUAGCUCGAGGCAUCGCCGCACUACUUCUGGUGGUCGGGGUGGCCGAUCUGAUGUUUCUCGGACCGAGGCGGUGGAGGGCUCGGGCUCUUCAUCUGAGAGUGCACAGGUUGGGCCGAUGGGCCAGGAAGAAGCGACUUUAGCUCCAAGAGGUGGUGGGAUGUACGAAGUCGGCUCGUUGUCGCAUCAACCUCCGCAGCCUCAGCCUUUGCUGAUUCAUCACCAGGGCGACCUUGGGUGGACUGGUCCUGAGUUGAGUUUCCCUCCUCCUGUGGAGACUAGAGCUGGUGGGGAGCAUACUCCUCGAUCUGCGCAGUUCUUUGAUAUGAUGAACAUUCUUCAUCAUCUGGGUCCUCCAACGCCGUAGUUGUACCUAUGUUUAUUUAUUUUGACUUUUGUGGGACUUUGCCCGAAUAACUUGUUUGUUAUCUACAUUUGUUAGACAUAUUUUGUAUAU